AAUCAUGGCUGCCAUGUCACAAAGUCUGGGGGAACAAAUCCACGAAGAACUGUCCUGUAGCAUCUGCCUGGAGCUGUUCACCAGGCCCAAGGUGCUGCCCUGUCAGCACACCUUCUGUCAGGACUGUCUACAGGACCACGUCGAGGUCAGAACACCUUUGGAGUGUCCCAACUGCCGGCAACCAUUCAGCCUACCACCUGGUGGGGUCCCUGCUUUACCCGACAACCACCUUGUAGCAAGUCUGUGUGGAAGAAUCAUCAAGCAGAGUUUUCCUAGUAGUAUAGAUAAAAAGAGACAGCCAACAUCUUCAGAACAGUGCAGUUUUCACCCAGGUGAACAGCUAUCUCUGUACUGUGAGGAAUGUACCGUGCAGCUGUGUAUGACAUGUUUAGACGAGGCUCACAGGGGUCAUAGUACGAUGUCCUUGAAAAGAGCCUCCCAGGAAAGGCGGGCUUCAGUACAGACCCUGAUCGGGGAGGGGAGAGAUGUUAUAGAGACUUACUGCGGCUUGCUACGAGAUCUGAGGGACAAGGAAAAGUUCCUGACUGAUCAGAAGACGCUGACAGAGAGCAGCAUUCAUGUGGCUUUCAACCAAACAGUACAGAUGCUGACUGAAAACAGGAACGGGCUGCUGGCUAAAGUGGAACAAAGGUACACGCUGAACAUGGAGACCAUACAGGGUCAAAGAGAUGACAUUCUGUCCACAGUUUCAGAGAUAUCCGCCGCGUGUGACAAUGCUGAGGUGACAAUGCAGCAAAAGGGGAGGACGUCCUUUGACCAGGAGAUUGGUUUAAAACGGUUGGUGGGAAAGUACAAGGGUAGAGCAGGCCAACACCCUACGGAAGCCAAGGUUGCCGUGUUCCAGACAGUAGAGGUGAAGGUACCACCACUAGGAUUCGUGACUGUUCAGUCCAUCUCUCUCCCUGAUAGUCAGGGAGUCAGCAAGGAUCCGCCACGUACACAGAGCGUGAAGUUUGGCGGACGGGGAUCAGACCAGGGAAAAUUCGACAGACCACACGGUGUUACGGUGUCCAAAGAUGGCCUGGUGUUCGUAUCAGACUACGGAAACGAAAGGAUUCAAUGCUUCAACCUACAGGGCACUUUUCUCCACCAGUUCCCAACAGUCGUGUCAGUGCAGGGCGUUUUCAAAUCUCUUGUGACGGCCAAACAGAGGAUGAAGCCAGAAGAUUUGUCCAUGGACAGGGACGGUAACCUGUGGGUGGUGGGUUCCGAUAACUCCGCUGAGUAUGCCGUACAGUACAGCCCCAGAGGUAAGCUGCUGACCAAGAUCGACUUAAAGCGCACAGGACGGCAGAGAAAAAUUGCCAUUGACACAAUAAGGAACAACGUCAUUAUAACAGAAACGUCGGGCUCAAUGUCACCUCAAGGUGUCCUGUGUGUGUACAGGCCAGACGGGACACUUGAGAGAACACUGGGGGGCCAACACAAGAUGGCACGGCCGGAGUACAUAUCUGUGAACAAGGGAGGGCACAUCUUUGUCUCACACUUCAUGGCGUCCUGCGUGUACGUGUUUCGUGAGGACGGGCACAUGCUGUCUGUUUUCGGGGGCGAAGGAAGCAGGGAAGGCGAGCUGAAGUACCCAGGAGGCAUUUGUACGGACAGUUCCGGUAACAUCAUCGUGGCAGACAAGGGGAACAAGAACGUGGCAGUGUUUGACAGGACUGGGAACUUCCUGAGAUACAUCACUAGUGUGGAGGGUCGACCUGUGGCCGUUGCCAUGGCACCAAAGGGACAGCUGGUAGUGACUGACGACAUCCACAACACCGUCACCAUUCUGUACAGUUACUGACUC